AUGGGUAAAGAAAGUUUCCUGUCGACUGAUUUGGGCCAACGAAUUGUUCUCGGUGUGUGUAUAAUUACAUUCUCGUCGGUAGUUCUACUUCUAUUUGGAAAACUCCAUCUUCUGUUCUUUGUGUUACUGCUGGGAAUAAGCUACAAAUUAACAGAUUAUUAUGUAGCUCCAUUAAAGAAUCCAGAGAAAUCUCCCAAAUUAUGGCCGAAUCUACUUGUUUUCAUUGAUCCUACUAGGGAUGUACAGAAAGAAGCCGUUCAAAAACAAUGUGGAAACAGUCAUUAUUUACAAAAGAAUCCAUGGAUUCAUUUAAUGCUUUCCAAACGGAUUGAUACAGCUAUUGAUGAAUUUUGUUGUUUAUGCCUUAGAGAUAAUAUUUAUCCAUGGUUAUCAAUAAUCACACAAGAUGAUACUCUUGUCUAUGAAGCCAAACAUGUCUUCCGGUUUCUCUUGGCUACGAUUAUUCGUCGUGCACACAAUGUUGAUAUAAACGCAUUCGUUCUCGAACGGAUUGUUCCCCUUAUGUUUCAAACAUGUGAUCGUUAUAUUCAAACUGUCAAAACAACAUCUACUAAUGAAUCUCAAUCUUCAGUGGAAUUUUUGAAGAAAAUGUACAAAUCUGAUCUUCAUGUCGCCAUGCAGAGUCGCCAAUCGGAAAUCAAAUACUUAAAACGUCUCAUUCUUGAUCUUAUGCCAAUAAUUACACCGAAGUUUAUCUAUGAAUGUAAAGGAUCCCGUCAUUUCCUUACUGAAGUCAUAGCGUGUCAAAUUUUGAUCGAUGGAAUCGAUUCUAUUUGUGAACCGGAUACGAUAAAUCGUUUACUACAUCUCUAUUUCACCAAUGCUAUUCAACGUCGAAAUGGACUUCUCAAUGUUCCGGCUCCUGCACCAAGUCCAUCCGUUGAACUAUUAACACGGUUUUGCACGAUGAACGGUCCGAUACAUAAGAAUCAAUUAGCUUUAGAACUAACCGACGUGAUGUACGAGAAAGAAUUACUGAAUCAAUUUAGCCGAGUACUUGACCGACAUGGUUCAAUCGGACUGUUGAGUAUUUAUGUGACACUGUCGGAUAUCUUGAAUGAUAUUCCAUCCGCAUCGAAUAUAUUAGUUCGAAAGAAAAUAUAUCAACGUUUGAAGAACAUUGACGAACGUUAUUUAAAUCCGAAAGCUUCGGAUGCUUAUGUUAGCAUUAGCAAUAUCUACGAUCCAGAUGACACGUUAGUCGAUGAGAUCAAAGAUCUGAUAUACAACCAUUUGGAGCCAUCCAUUAAAGAGGAAAAUGAGAACGAAAAUGAAUUGAACACAUUUGAUGUUCAACAUACGUUCGCGUUAUUAUCCCGUUUUCAUUGUAAAAUUUAUGAAUUAGUUGAAGACAAAUAUCAGCAUUGUUUUCUGACAAGUGAUGAACAUUUUCUUUACAUAUGUGGAAGACGAAUGGAUUCGCCAGAUUAUCGAAUGCGGGAUCAAGCUUUCGAUGAAAUCGCAUUAGAUUUCGUUCAUAUCGAAGAAAUCAGAAAUACCAACGAUAGUGCAAGAAAACGCAAUGCAUCGAAACCAUAUACAACAACUUCAUAUCAAGAGUUGGAAGAGAAAGAUGAAGCAAAUGCAAAAUGCUCGGAAGAAACAGCAAGUAUCGGUAGCAACAGUUCGUAUGAUGAUCGAGACUUGAAUACCUGGCGUGUUAACAUUAGUCAUGCUGAGGAAAUCCGCGAGAAUACAACUGGACAAGUCAAAUACUGUGCAUUUAUGAUCGUUGUACAAAGGACUGACAUUCACAAUGGUAAUCCAGUACCACUCGAAGAUGACAAAUCCAAUUGGAUUGUACAUAGGCGAUAUCAAGAAUUUUAUAUGUUAGAACAGAAAUUAACUGAAUUUCAUGGCGUCUUUUCUGACGCACGUUUGCCUCCGAAAAGGUCAGCAGCAACUGCUCGUAAUGUAGAAUUUCUUCAAUCGCUUAAGAAAGAGUUCGAAUACUUUUUACGGCAUUUAUUGUCGAAGCCAACACUACGUAAUAGCGAGUUAUUGUACAAUUUUCUAACGCAACCUGAUGAAUUCACUGUACCUACGGGCGAAAUCAUAAUAGCCAAAAUGUUCAAAGUUGUACCACGUCGAUUACGCAUCGAAAAAGGCCAAUUUCUUGAUCCAUUCCUUGUUUCGUUAAUCAAUUACGCUGAGCCAGCAAAAACAAAAGCAACACAACCAAAUCCUGUUUUCGCCGAUAUUAUCGAGACUAAACUAAAAAGCGCAAUCUAUGGAAACAAUGCGAAUAUUACUGAAUCGAUGGAAGAGUGCAAAAUAGAGAGGACCCGUACAGACGAACUUGAAAGUGCCUAUGAUAAUCUGAUCGUCAUAGCUAAACAAGUCUUCUCUGCGUCGCCAUUGUUAAUCUAUAUACUCGAUUUACUACGAAUACCGUUAAAAAAUUCCUUCGACUCUUAUUUUUCACAUUUUGUUGACGAAAGUGUCGACGAAAUUUUAGCCGAUGAAGACAAUUUUGUCGAUGUAAUUCAUGCUCUACGUGAUACAAUUUUCCCAAAUGAUGCCGAGAAGAAAGGUCCAACGGAUCUCGUUAAUUUUGAUGACGUUGUCGCAGCUGCUGAAGAAUUUUUACCAAAACCGAUAAAAUUUUUGAUUGGUAAAUCUAACAUUCAAAAUGGUUUACAAAUGAUCCUACGACAUUUCCAGGAUCCUUUACUAAACAAACAGCUAUUCUACAUGAUUCUCGAUGAAAUACUUCUCCAAUUAUUUCCUGAAUUACAAGCUCAUUCUGAAAAGCCGAAUACUCGUUUGAACUAA